CUGCAGAACGUUAUUUUCAAAACACGGCGAGACCUGAACCGCCUGAACUUCAACAUGGCAAGGAUCGUUCGCAUUUUCAAAACCCUGCGAAAUAAUUGGAAGAAAUCAACCGUUGGUUUUCUCCUCGUUUCUUAUGGAGUAAACUAUGGCGUCACAAAAUUCAGGACUAAAGAGAUGUUGAGACUUUAUUGUGAGGAAGCUAAAAGCUAUGGGGAUGUUCCACUUCCUAUAGGACUACCUGCUCGCCAAAUAACUGUAGUGUUGAAUCCUGCUUCAAAUGGAGGGAAAGGCAAAUCAGAAUUUGAGGAUUAUUGUGCUCCAUUACUUUAUCUUUCUGGAAUGAAGAUCAGUGUGGUCAAAACUGAAUCUGUUGGAGAAGCCAGAGGAUUGAUGGAAGUGAUGGAUAACUGUGAUGCAGUAGUUGUUGCUGGUGGAGAUGGAGCCAUAACAGAAGCUGUAACUGGAUUGCUGAGAAGGAAUGAUAGUGGGUUAGCAGUUCAACGAUUUCCUAUUGGUAUCAUCCCUGUAGGAAAACUCAAUAACAUUUCAAAAUCUAUCUUUAAGGAGCAUAAAGAUGAUAGAAUCAAACUCAUGGCUGAAGCAACUAUGGCAAUAAUAAGAGACUUUCAAAAACAGGUAGAUGUUAUGAAGGUAGAAAUAUUGGAAAAUUCAGAUAAUCCUACUGGAAAACCAAUUUACGCACUUGGUGAACUGAAAUGGGGAGCAUUUCGAGAUGUCGAGGAAAGAAUUGGGAAAUACUGGUUGUGGGGACCACUGAAGUCAUAUGCCGCCUAUUUCUUUGGAGCUUUCAAAAGUCUCACGUGGAAUUGCAAUGCACAGUUUCACUAUACCGUACCGUGUGAGGGUUGUAAUAACUGUAUGAGAAACAAGAUGCAAGAUGCAAAUGAGCUGAAAUUCGGUUCGCAAGUACAGAAUACUCGAUGGUGGCAUGCUUUUAUACCACGAACUAAAUCCGUAAAAGAUACAAAACAAGUCAAAGAUUAUUCAAAAGUUGUUAAUCCCGAAUGUGGGGUAUGGCAUCAGAAGGAUUUCUCAUCCGUAGAGUUCCAAGUUCUAACCGAAAACAAUGUAAAUUUCAGUCCUCCAAAUCUACCGAAACAUUUGGAAGUCAAUCUUGGACCUGAAAAUAUAAGUGGAUUUGAGUUCGUGAAAGAGGGUUGGCUAAGGACCAAAACAGAGACCAGUCACAUGAAUCGCGAAAAGAUUCUCGUACGCCAAUUUGAAAUGAUACCUAAAAUUGAAGAAAGUUCUAUAGCGGAAAAGGAAGCAACUGAAGAGGGAAAAAGUGUUGAAGUUGAAGAAAGGUGGUAUUCGAUAGACAAUGACAACUACGAAGUUAAACCAAUUCGAGUCACCGUUUUGCCAGACGCCAUUAAAGUUUUUAGCGCAUCUACCAGUAGAUAAAUUGUAUUUAUAAGAAAAUAAAACAAUUUAUAUAGCUUUCACAA